AUGCACCCUUUCUCGGUCUUCGCGUUCAGCAUCUUCGUAGCUGGUUACAUCACCGCGAGGUGGGAUCUUGUCACCAGGCUUUACGAAUUGGCAAUAUUUGCCUGGGAUCACGGUGUUGUGACCCGCGCAGCGAAAGGCUUCGUCGUCCUCUCCGUAUUCUACUUCCUACUCCUGAUCCCCAUCAACGCAAUUGUCACGCAGGAGAUAAAUUGGAGAACAGUUGCGACGGCGAGGCUCGUUUUAAGCGAAGGGAAUAAUGACAGCAUGGUUAUGAAUGAUGGUUUGCUGCGCGUGUUCUGGCCGUACGAAUUUGCCAAAUCCACUGCUCCCGGUGUAAUUGUGGGCUGGAGAAACUCCGAGUUUGACCUCUUCGUGGUCUCCGUGUUAGAACAUGUCGAGGCACGGAAUGUCGACAAUGCGCUGCGGACAGGUAUACUGUAUCGCAGCAGCCCGCAUCCAAUUUCACGGCUGUUACAUCUCUGUGGGAAAUCCGCGAUGCACGUCCUAGGCUCUACGAAUGCGGCAGAAAUCCCCACGGCGUUCACUCCGUCCCAUCUUUACGCCGUGACGAAUCAUUCGUCGAAAUUACCUCGUAUAUACUGCCCACCAGAGACGAAGCUCGCGAUCCAGGUUAUCAUGUUCCACCGUCCUCAUCCCACGCGCAUGCAGUACAUGUCUCCCUUUCCGAUGUCUCUUGUGCUAGGCGAUAAACGUGCGACCGUCGACACGGCCAGUGGUGCUUUAGGCGACGUUGAUGCAGCUGAAGAAGCGGCCAAAGUUCAAUCCGCGAAACUCGUCAAUAAGCUACGUUUGCACACCGUGGUCAAACACCUCCCUACGCCGAAGGAACAGUCUCUCCCAGUAAUUAUCAACCAAAUAAACUGUGCCUUUGAGGUGGACAGGUUGCUUCAGAAGAAUAUCGGACUGAUUGGAACUCGUCCCAAGCGAAGUUUAAGUGUUGGAGAACGAGUGGUAGAGUCAGCAACGACUGCCUGGGAUCUAUUUGUUAUGGGGCUAUCUUAUGUAUUCACAGUGUGGAUUUACCCGAUCAUCAAGCAAGGGCUUAUUACAGGGAUUAUAGUGCAUCGUGUUAUCGCCGAGGUCGUAUUAACGGUCCUAGAGUGGCGCGCUCGACCAGACGCAGCCGCUUUGAAGGACAUCUCCGCUACCGCCCAGCAAGUAGAUAUUCGCCUGCAGCAAUUUUGCUAUUGGCCAAUACAAUACUUGACCUUGCGCAAGCGGAAAAACGAUUGGGAAAGCGUUACGCAUAGCCAUCCUGAUUAUAUCAGGUUCUACAACAGCCUGUGGCUGGUCGCAAAUGAUGUGAUCAUUGGGAUUGCACUCGGCUCAUACCUCAUUGAUAACGCCGACUGGGUUGCGUCGCAGAUGAAUUCUAUUCUCAACGGGUCGACUGUGGAAGGUCUCCAGCAAACAAUCUCCUGGCUGAUGGACUGGCCGGCGGGCUUGAAGCUCAACAAUGAACUGGCGGCGUUUCUGGGGGAUUUGUUUCUAUGGGUCAUAGAGCAUUGGGCCAGCGCACUCGUCAGUUUGCGCCCAUUUCUUCGUCAUGUCGUCUACAUGAUCGGUUGUUCCGGCUUUGCCGGAGCAAGCAUGGCCCUCGCGAUGUUUUCCGAUCUCCUAUCGCUCUUCACUAUCCACAUCUACUCUUUCUACACGGCCUCUGCGCGCAUAUUUCAUUGGCAGUUGACAAUUAUAAUAUCCCUCUUCCACCUCUUCCGCGGCCGAAAAAGAAAUGUGCUACGUAACCGAAUAGAUUCAUGCGACUACGAACUCGAUCAAUUACUUCUCGGGACGAUUCUGUUCACACUGCUCUUUUUCUUACUGCCUACUAUACUUGUAUUCUAUAUUACUUUUGCUUCUGCCCGUAUGGCUAUAAUAUCGCUCAAGGCGACGCUGGAUACGUGCCUUGCUAUGUUGAAUCAUUUCCCCCUAUUUGCCCUGAUGCUACGGCUUAAGGAUCCUAGGAGAUUGCCUGGAGGUAUCAAAUUCGAGCUUCGCAAGCAAAGUACACCUAAUUCAGAUGACAUUUUCCGCUGCGCGCCAACUUCGUACAUUAAUCUCCAGUCCGUUCCUCUUUCUCUCCGUUCCAUGUUCGAGCAGUACUUCCAACUUGGCCACCGUCUCCGUAAGCAUUAUUUGUCUCCGCGUGUUAUCCUCUGCCUGGUAACCGGUCGAUUCGUGCCGCCAAUUCACCGCCGAAACAUGUAUAGUUUGCAGUAUAGCAUGCUGCCCGCUCGGCGAGUUGGCAUUAGCGAGAUAUGGUCAAGGUUGACGGAAAGGAGCCAUACGGCGCGAACGGGUGCAGGUAGAAGGAUGCCUGGAGUUGUAGGCGCGGGAGGCGGGUCAUCUCGAGUUUCCAACGGGUUUGUGAAUUUGGAGAGGAGGAGGAAUAGAGGAUAAACAGAUCUUAAGAUCUUUUUAAAUAGUUACGCCAAAAUCGGCGCCAAUGGUGUUUACAAAGAAAAAAAAAUAAAAAUAUGUUAAUCAGCAUGUAGUCGUAUUCCACUUAUCGAGAGGAUUGCAGGUCCUAUGUAUUUGUCACGGUACGCUCUGCCUUUAAACUCCGAUCUCCAAGUAAUGUUAAGGUAUAAUGUCUGGCUGGGGAAAUUUGCUGGGUUUCGAUUGACAUAAAUGUUUGCCCUUGUAUUUGAGACGCCUAAUGGUCGAUGUUGAUAUUUUUUCAUAAUCCUCCCAAAAAGAAGUGAUCGAUUUCGCCGUUGUUAUUAUGGUAGGAGUUUUGAAACCAGUAACAUUAUGAAGUUAUGCUGGGUAUCGCUGCAGAGAACCAUGGGAAUCCCCAUGAGCUCUCAACGCGCGAUUCCUAGUGAUAGAGCGGCUACGCGGCAUAGACAUCCCACCCAUUGGAACGUCUCUUGGUGAUCUUAGCGAUUGUGAUCCUUCCAGUAGACCCCGGGGGCUGCUUGCAGUAGGCGGGCUCCUAGCAAUAUCCUGGAUUGAGCGUUGAGAGCUAGACGACUGGGGGAGAGCCAAUGGCUGUAGAAGACCAUAACUUCCAAUAGUAAAGCCUCGCCGGUGCAGGGCAUCUCUUGGGAACGCGGUCGACUUCUUUGUCAGCUGUAGUGUAAUCGCCUGGCAAUAUAGCUAGGCUUCGGCGAUGUCCAGCUCCUGUAGCUUCCAGUCUUCGGAGUACUGCACUAUUAAUGUUAUUGGCGAACUUAUCCCAAUCCUUGUAGAUGUUUAAGGUAUGGCGAAGCUUUUGGGCGGCCCACAGGCUCUCCACUUUUGGCCAAAUGGCGUCGAUCCUGUCAAUGCCCCAUGUAGCAACAAGCCUAUCGUUGAUCUUCUGCAUGUCAAUGCAGCGUCGUUCAACAUCCAGGGUAACUUUUCGGGCAUCGUGGAAGUCGGCUUCGAAGUUAGCGUAUGUAACAUGUUGCCAAUCUCUGGAUUUUUCGACAUAUUGAUAGAAGUGGGCCACUAAGUCAGUAAUCACAUCAGUUACCCUCAUAAGGGCAUUCAUUAGCUCCACCUGUAGGCCAUAACGACGGUGCGGAGCUUGGCUGUCGAUAUACUCCAUAGCUGCGGCCAAGCUAUUAAAGAAGUGGCCAUCUAAAUUGACCCCACUGUCUCUGGUAAUAACCAGACCUUGGUUUUCGGGAGCUGGCGCCAAAGGAGGCAAGUUGCUUCGUCCAGCCAUGUUGUCAAAGGAUAUUGGUGAUCCACAAAGAUAUUGAGAGUAUUAUAAGAGAACACACGAAGAUAUAGCAACAAAGCUUCAAUAUUCGCUAGCUAAUUCCUUACUUCGCAUCUUUGACCCAUGCCCGCGGAGAUGCACUCUGCGAAGACUAUGUUGCCAUAGCCUUGCUGAGCUCUCUUGCAGGCGGAGCACUCCUGUCCAGGUGGUGGCUGGGCCCCAGCUCUAGUCACGAGGAUUCCCUCGCGGAGCUGAGCGCGAACAGCCAACUGGUUUGGAUUGU